AUGACCACUUCCUCUUCUGCCUCUGUUCUUUCCAUCACUCCUACUCCUCCUACACCUCGCUCUCGGUCUGCGUCCGUGUCUGCUUCCUCUAUUCAUGGCCUGUCCCUCAAUGCUAACGGAUCGGUCCCACCCGUUCCACCUGUGCCCCAUCCGAAUGCAACGCACUCAUCCCUCAUCCCCUCCAGAUAUGUCAAGCAUGCUUCGUUAAUCAAUAACUGUUAUCCCGCAAAGUCGGAUGAGAAGGGUCCCAAAUCAAGUGAGCUCUCCUACUUGGUCUUUUAUACCACCUCCAAACCCGUCAAGCUGACUAAAGUCGGUAGCUUCAUCGAGAACAAAGUCGUGCGCGACUAUCGCAAGAAACGACUCAAUGAUGUCCAUUGUUCACUCGAGAUUAUCAAAGCACUCUUGAUCGCAAGCAAGGGUCAUCUCAACAUCUUCUCCAAAAAUAUUGUUGCCAUCCUUGACACUCUCCUGGUCGACACAUCGGACUUUGACAUUGUCAGGCAUUGCCAGAUCGUCUUUUCAGCCUUUUGCGCCGCUCAUGAUGGCUCCACCCUGGGUGUAGACCAAGACUUCCGAACUCUUUAUGAGCGUGUUGUGGCUCGGUUCUCCGAUAUUGCAACCCUACAGGGCGAUGAGAACAACAAGUACCGAUUGGUUGGCCUAAAGGCUCUGGAGAGUGUCGUUUCAUCUGCUGCACUCCACGCAUACGACCACAAGUCUCAGCUCAAUCUCGUCCUUCCUUCCAUCAUCGACUGUCUGAUCGACGCUAAGGAUGGCAUUCAAAUCUCGUUGGAGGACUCUUCCUCCGCACCAGCCUCUCCACGCCCAUCAACAUCAACACGUGCACCGACCCAUGUGGAGAAGGACGUUGCAGAGGAUGAGGUUACAGCUCACGCACUGCAGUGUCUCCGUGCUCUUUUUAAAACACAAAACGGCGACAAUGUCAGACAGGCAUUGGAGCCCACCUUCUCUUAUCUGGACGAAUAUGGAGUCUGGUGGCCUUCAAGCAUCACUGUUGGAAUCAUCAAGGCCAUCAUGAACCCAAUCAUGCCACAGUUCCGUUAUAUGGUCGUCAACGAGGUUAUUGCACGGAUUGAUAGUGUCGACUCGACCACCCCGGAGAUGUCUCUGCGAUUGCAGAAAAAAGUCACAUUGAUCUCUGCAUUGGAGGCUAUUCUGUAUUCACCCUUGACCCUCGUUGGCAUGCCCGUCCUCGAGGUUCUGAAUUCACUUUUGACGGCCCUCUCGAAAUCCCUUUCUGUUUCAACAUCGUUGAGCAAAGAGGGUGAAUCCAGCCAGUUGCUUGUUCUUGAGACACUCAUUCAGGAUGGUCUUACCAGGAGUGUGGGUGGUCUUGCAACCCAUAUCUAUUACAGCAACCAAAUCCCUCACAUCAUUUCCCAUAUCGUCAGCAAAUUGUCCCACAAGAUCGGCAUCGCUCCCCAGCCAGAUACCAUCGAUGGUGUGCCAACUACAGAAUACCGCAAGGCUCAGCUCAAAUGCCUUACCUCUGUCAUCAAGACAAGCAAAGAGCAUGGCCGCCACGAGUCAGGUCUUCAUGUUGCCGAGAUUUCUUCCGAGCUUUUGACACCCUGCCUUGGUCUCUUGCUUGACGAGAAUGUGGGCGUCCGAACUGCUUUCGCACAGGCGCUCAUCACCUUCUUGGCGACCGAGGAUGAGGGCCACAGCCAAGAGUCAUUGCUAGCUACUCCGGCUCCGGCAGUCUCUAGCGAUUUGUAUUUCCGUGCUGCGACUCAUCAGACUUUGCAUGCUUACGCACGUCUCCCCACAGCCACCCCGACCGAUAUGGCUGCUAUCUAUGGAAUCCUUAGAGCCUUGUUUGCACACUUUCAGGAUGAUGAGUUUAUGCGAGUUGUGCCUGUUUUGUUCUCACUUCAGGACUGGAGCUUGCAGGAGGAUGCCGAAGACGGAUCUGGACAUGAGCAGGAUCCUACUAUAUUGGUAGCCCGUAAGCGUGCUAUUGCAACCGUCAUCGUCAUUUACUUGCAAAAGGCUGUGAGCAGCUACGGAAUGGCCGAGCCCUUGGAGUAUCUGGAAAACAUCCAAAAAUCCCGGGAGGGCGAGUCUCAGUGGUACCCGAUCUAUUAUGAGAACCAAGAGUCCCUGACGAGAACAAUUGGUCACCAGUGGGAAGCACCAUCGGAGCCUCUUUCCCCUGUGCUGACACAUCCUCUCGCACGGGAGCACCUGAUCACUUUGCUCACAACUGUCUCGGAUCGAUUCCGAUCCGGAGCAGACAGAUUCAGUUUCGCCUAUAACCCUGAAACCCAAUCCAACCUACUCUCUGCACAGUCGGCCAAAGAAGGCAACAACUCGAUCCUCUUUUCAUCUAUGAACAUCGCUGGAAAUCAGAGUCUAUUGGGACCCAAAGGUGAAGGCCGAAUCCGAGUGUCACGCCUUUUGGAGGACUGGGCUUUACCAAAGAUUGUAAUGCCACCCUCUACACAAGCCAACGGAUUGCUCUCAACAGAUGAGUCUGCAGAAGGCUCAGUUCAAUCAACACAGAUCAGUCGACGCACAAGCUUCUUCAAGGACAAUUUGAAUGAAGAGGCCAAUCAGUCGCACAAGACCAUUGGAGUUGAGAAUCUCAAGCAGGCAUUGUCGGCUGCUCAUCAGGCGGCAGACGGGGGUGACACCAACAGCUCGGUUGCCGGAAGUGAAUCACAUGGACCAUCACCCGCAUUACAACGCUUCUACAUGCACUCUGGCCAGCGUUCGAAGCAUCAUCAGUCGAGCAUCAACGGUGGCUCAUCUUUAUCGAUUUCGUCCAACUUGGCAACAUCGCGACCAGAACUUGCAGAUCUAUUGAAUUCGAUCCAGGUUACGGUACCUACAAAGGACAGCUCGCUCUCACUGGUGAUCCCACCUUACUAG